UUCAGGUUAUGGUGAUAUAAGAAGAGGGGACACAUUGCAAAUAUGAGGGUCAUGUAAAGUGAAUAUGCAUGAGGACAAAUGUGCUGGUUGCUGUAGCACAUGCCAGAGAAGUCAUGUGGGUACUGCUUUGAACAGGUAGAAGUCUGUUAGGGAAGACAAGGAUGUAAAGAAGUGCGGUAGUCCCUUCUUAUCAGAGAGGACUUCAGCUUCUGUGGGCAACUGUCAUUAAGAAGUAUGCAAAAACAGAAAUGUGGUACUUCAUGCGAAGGCCUCUCCUCCACGCCUGAAGCUUUUUAAACUUAGUGCCCUCUGAGGCCGGUAGAGAAGGAGCAAGCAGAAACAAGCCACAGAAGGCUCUCUCCGAAUACAUGCUGCUGUUAUGUUGUCCUUGAGAGGGAAAGACAGUUGGAGUUCCGUUAUUGCAGGGUCAACUGAAAUAAAAAUGAAAACUAAGAAAUGAGCAUAAAAGUACUGUAGGAAAGUAGAAGAAAGAAACUUCACCUUGAAGUGACAUAGUUCUUGAGGACUCCAGAGAGUGUGCAGCUUGCCAGGUGUGUGACUCCAGAGUUUAAAGCAAAUGCUCCAAGGAAAGAAUGUCAAGGUCUUAUUGUCAGGAAGAAGUUUGCCUGAAGUUUAGUCAAGCUAAGAUCAUCUUGGUCAGAGUGAUCAAAAAUGAGUGAACGGGCAGAUAAAAACAAUUCCAUUCAAGAGGGACACACACAUCAAAGUACUUCUGAGAAAAACUGUCAAAUUGGACAGAAGCAACUGCAACAAAUAGAGCGGCAGCUGAAAUGCCUGGCAUUUCAAAACCCUGGACCACAGGUAGCAGACUUUAACCCUGAAACAAGACAGCAGAAAAAGAAAGCACGGAUGUCAAAAAUGAAUGAAUAUUUUUCUGUAAAGUACAAAGUUAUGAAGAAGUAUGACAAAAGUGGCAGGCUGAUUUGCAAUGAUGUCGAUCUGUGUGACUGUCUAGAGAAGAACUGCCUGGGCUGCUUCUACCCCUGCCCCAAGUGCAACUCCAACAAGUGUGGGCCCGAGUGCCGCUGCAGCCGCAGAUGGGUUUAUGAUGCCAUUGUCACGGAAUCUGGAGACAUCGUCAGCUCACUGCCAUUUAAUAUUCCUGACUAGAAGCUGCUGUGUGUGGAUUGAUUUGUUUCUUCUUUUUAUAUAUGUAAGAUAAUCAUUUUAUUUUGGGAAAAUUUUAGGCUUUGGACAAAAUAUUGGAAAAACCUACUUAAGAUUCAUGUUCAAUGCCAUAGAAUUGGCAGUAAUUCUAUAAAGUCUGUAUCUUCUCAAAUUCCUCAAUUACAACUAAAGGAUGUGAUAGUAGACAGAUCAACUUCUCUCCUUAGGCCAUCAUUUUGACUGUGCUAUUGCAUUAAACAUCUCUCCCCUCUUGGCUGGUGUCUGAGAAUAUGCAGUUUUAAGAUAUUCAGAACUCUGUAGCUAACAGCUUUUCUUAUAUAGAGCAUAGAACUGUAAAUGUAUGAUACCUCUUUAUCCUUAGUAUAUAUUUCUAGUUCCAAAUCAAAAUUGCCAUUUAAAUUAAAAGUAAUCCUUGUGUCUUUGUACUGUAUAA